AUGGCACAGACAUCCACGUCGACUUCCCUUGUGAAAAGCUUGUCAAGCCUGCCGACCGAGCUUGCACAUCAGAUUCUUGAUGAUCUGCGAGUCAAGGACAUCCUGAAACUACUUGCCUAUGACAAUGAGCGAGUCACUGCGUGUAUCGCAUCACAUCCAAUUUGUCGAGAAUUGUUCGACUUGACGUCUGACGAAAACAUCGCGAAGAUACGCUUUGCCGCCCAGUUCUACCGCGACCUGUUCAGAGAAGUGCACCCCCCACUGAGUGCGGAGGGUUGGCUGAAACAUCGUUGGCUUCCACCCAAUAUCCACUGCGUGGCGCCGAAAGAUGGCAAUUUGAUCCUGCCCGAGAUGCGAGACCAUAUUCACACUGAGCUCUAUCUACAUUGGCGAACACUAGAUUUGACCCAACUCGGUGCGCCUGACUACCCCGAGCUGAAUCACUGUUCGGCUCCGCCUCCUUGGAAUAGAUUCUCUUUCGAGAAUAUGAAGGAGCAAUGGGAGGAGAUCAAAAAAGCCAAGGCGGUUCUUUUCAAGAUGAGAUCCUCCGAGCUUGACUGGGCAUCGGAUAUGCUGGAGGCCAAUCCAGAUAUUUUGAAGCGGACACUCGAUCCACAUCAGGUGCGACGACCGAACACCACGCAUAUUGUAUCCAGGAUGCAGAAUGAUUCUGGGAAAAUAUUGCGUGCCUCCUCCGGGCACAAAUUUGUCCAAGCAGAGCAUUUCAAGUAUGAAUUCUUCGGAGUCAUCCCCUUUGACUCUGCACUGGUCGAAUUGUUGUCUUUGAUGGAGAAACAUGGUAUCGUCAAGGGUGACCAAAUAACGGCAAAUGCUGCCAUCAAAUCUGGCGCUGUAUCACAUCCAUCUUCAAUCCGAGAGUCAGCGGUCACUCUAGCUGAAGGAAUGUCUCAUUUUGACCCGUCAGCUCUAAUGACUGAUGAAAAGAGAGAGAAGAUGCGAGAAACGUCGAGAUUAUACUCCUUUGGAAGCCCUGAUGGUAUUGUGGUUCCUCGGACGGGCAACACCCCGUGGUCUGGAGAGCAAGAUUUGAUGAACGGUGUCAAGGUAGAAGGGCCCUAUUUCACACCGCACAAGAUCGGGUCGGAUUACAAUUUCCGGCGACCUGAGAUCUGCCGGUGGGACCCCCAUGGCGAUGGAGAGCGAAAAUGGUUGCAAGCGUUUGUGGACUUGUAUCGGUAUUUGAAAGGCUUGGAAUAA